GUGUUCAAGACCCUGGAUGCCCUCAAGAGGUACGUGGACGAGAGCAUGGGCGGCGUGCAGGCGGCGUUCAAGGCCUUCGUGCAGCGGGAGAAGGCCCUGCAGAGCCUCCAGGCCCUGCCCAGCUACGCCAGCGCCGCCGCCUUCGAGAAGGCCUGCAAGCAGGCUGGGUUCCUGAAGGCCUUCCCCGAUGCCGACCUGAAGUUGAUAUUCGUCUUCAUCAGCGAGGCAUCCGGCAAGCGCAGCAACCGCUUCCUGACGGCCAGCGAUUGGGCCGUGCUGGAGGGCUUCAACUCGCGG